ACAACCAGCUACCUACGUUCAAUGAAUUUUUAUUCAACAUCAGAAAAUACUUCUCGUAAAUUAGAAGCUUCUGAAUUGCGAGAGAGACUAGUGGAAGCCAUAACUUCUUCUGUAGACAAGUAUGGCUCUGGAAUUUUGGAAGUUAAGUGGGCGGAUGAUACGUCAUUUAUGGAAGAAUCAAGUUCAUAUGCAAAGGCCUGA